AAAUUAAAAUAAUUAAAAAAAAAACAAAAAAGUUAUAAAAAGUUUUACUUGAACCUUGAUCUAUUAUCUGUUUAAAAAAUAAAAAAAAAACUUUAAUCAGUUCAACAUGGAUGCACAAUACGAUAAAUUAUCACAACAACAAAUAAAUAUUUUACAAAUUGAAAAGGACUCACAGCAAAAACAAAGUAUUACCUAUAGCAAAGAUAUGGCUUUGCUUUCAGUUUCUAGUUCCAACAGUGACAGCAGUUCCGAAGUGGGUCGUGAGAAAUGGGGCAAAGAAAUUGAGUUUUUAUUUUCCUGCAUUGCUUUAUCGGUGGGACUGGGCAAUGUAUGGCGUUUUCCCUUUAUAGCUUUGGCCAAUGGGGGAGGUGCUUUUGUUAUACCUUAUAUAAUAGUAUUAUUACUAAUUGGACGUCCAGUUUACUAUAUGGAGGUAAUUAUAGGACAAUUUUCCAGUAGGGGCUGUAUCAAGGCCUUUGAUAUGGUGCCUUUAAUGAAGGGUAUAGCCUAUGGUCAAGUUUAUGCCACAGCCUUGGCCACCACCUAUUAUGCCAGUAUUAUGGCCUUAACUUUAAAAUACUUAAUAGCUUCUUUAUCGGAUGUAUUACCCUGGACCUAUUGUCUAGCAGAAUGGGGUUCUAGUUGUAUAGCCACUUCUGAGUCCUUAGAUCAGGGGACUAAUGUUACGAACUCCAAACGCAUUUCCUCGGCAGAGUUAUUUUUCACUAAAACAGUUUUGCGUGAAAGUGAGAAUAUUGAUGAGGGUUUGGGUUCUCCCAAUUGGGACUUGGUGGUGUGUUUAAUGUUUGCAUGGCUAUUUAUAGCGGUAAUUCUAGUCAAAGGCAUUCGCAGCUCGGGUAAAGCCUCAUACUUUUUGGCCAUAUUUCCUUAUAUUGUCAUGUUCAUUUUACUGGGAAGAGCUUUAACGUUGCCCGGUUCUUGGGAUGGUAUAGUGUACUUUUUGAAACCACAAUGGAGUGAGUUAUUAAAUCCGAAUGUUUGGUACAAUGCCAUCACACAAAUGUUUUUCUCUUUGGCCAUCUGUUUUGGUACAUUGGUCAUGUAUGCUUCCUUUAAUAAUUUUCGCAAAAAUGUUUAUCGUGACGUCAUCAUUAUAACCAGUGUUGAUUCAGUUACCUCUAUCCUAGCCGGCUGUAUUAUUUUUGGUAUUUUGGGAAAUUUAGCAUACGAAACGAAAACAACCGAUAUUGCCAAUGUUGUUAAAGGAGGUGCUGGUUUGGCAUUUAUCUCUUAUCCCGAGGCUAUAGCCAAAUUUAAAUUUUUACCACAAGUUUUUGCCGUUUUAUUCUUUAUGAUGCUUUUGGUCUUGGGUAUGGGCAGUAAUAUUGGCAUGGCUUCAUGUGUCAUUACGGUUAUUAAGGAUCGUUUUAAUCAUUUGCCUCAUUGGUUCUUGUCGACGGCCAUGGCAGUAGUGGGCUUUUUGUGUGGCAUUGUUUAUAUGACUCCGGGGGGACAAUUUGUUUUGAAUAUGGUGGAUUUCUUUGGCUGUUCAUUUAUUGCUUUAUUUUUGGCCAUCGCUGAAUUGAUAGCAGUGGGAUGGAUUUAUGGUGUCAAACGUCUCUGCCAGGACAUCGAAUUUAUGCUGGGCGUUAAGACCAGUCUAUAUUGGCGUAUUUGUUGGUCCAUCAUUACACCAGGUUUAAUGUUUUUAGUGUUAAUAUAUACCCUAAUCACAUUAGAACCUUUGCAAUAUAAAAAUGUGGCAUAUCCCCAAAUGGCAUAUAAUUUGGCAUGGAUAAUGUGGGCCAUAGGAGUAGGUCAGCUGCCACUAUGGGCUCUUUAUACAAUUUAUCAACAAAAAGGAGAAACAUUUAAGGAGAAAUUCUCCAACUCUCUUAAACCCCGCUGCCAUUGGGGCCCUGAACCUAAACUAUUAGAGGAAUAUUUAGCCUACAGAAAAGCACUGUUGCAUGACUAUGAAGAUGAAGAGGAGACAAGUUUAUGCUCGCGAUUUAUAAAAAAUAUUUUCCAUUAAUUAUUUUAGUUAAAAUUUUAGUUUAAUUAUUAGAAAAGUAAUUAGUAAUUAUGAUG